CCUUCUCGAAGUUGUCGCUGGAGAAUGAGAGUAGAAACGCGGCUACAUGUUGUUGGUUAGAUACGUUUAAAGUGUCUGAAAUAUACAUUUGUCUCAUCUAAAUUUCAUGGAAGAUACUGGUAAGUUGUCUCAAACACCCUCUUUGAUCAAAUGUUUAUUUUGAGAACUUUCUAGUUCGCUUGCUGUAACGUGAAGAUGGUGGACGUGUGCGGUCUGGCUAGCUAGCAGCUAACUUUAGCUAACUAGGCCCAAACCGAGGCAAGGUUGAAGCCCUAACUUCGCUGUUUGUAACGAUAAGACUUUCAGCCUAUUAUUUGGGAUUAGAAUGAAACGGUCGCCUUUCCCUAGUUACAGUCUUUACAACAACACGCAGUAACGUUAACCGUAACUAACGUCUUAUUUUUUAGGAUACCUACAGAGUGGGUAGCUAGUUAGAUAUGUUUUAAUUACCUAACUAUGCUAACGUGUAGCUAACAUCAUUGAGUGUGCACUGACCAAUGAUGUAGUUAGUUAUAUACUUACUGACUGCAGUAGGUUCCUAAGCCAACUUUACAGUUGUGUGCCGUGCUUGAAUGAUGACCAAAAGCUUUAGCUAACUAUCAAGAAAAAUAGGCUAACUAGUUAAUUGACCGGAUUAAAUGUUAUUUAACUUGCUACAUAAUGUGCUACUAUCUACCAGCACGCGCACCUGUAGUCAGCUAGCUAGCAUGCUAAUGUUGCUAAACAAGGAUGUGCGCAUGCUAUACAGCUCAGUGCGACUCUUAACAAGUCAACAGAUGCGGUCAGAGUGAGGAUUCUUCAGUUGAGCUUGACUUGAAUGUUUUAGGUUAAUAUCUGGAGCACGUAUGAUAAAUACAUUUAACUUCGUUACCUAUCUAGCCAUAUCUGUAUAUGUGCACACAUUUGGAUGAGCCAUACAGAUUUUAUUGAAUGUCAAACCUUGGUUGAUAAGGAUGUUUUCGUGCACUAGUAGAUAUGCCCAAGGAACCCACAAUAACCCAGUUAUGUCAAUAUUGACUGGAUCCACUCCUGAUUCUACACCAUUUUCCUGUAAGGCAAAGGUAAUUAUUACCCUCAACCCGUUUUGAUGUUGUGAUAUUGAUUGACGUGCAAUCUGUGUCCCUCUUCAAACCUGCAUGUCUCAGACCAGCCCAUGAUGGGGAUGUUGGACACAGACAGCUCUGAGAGUGGGGACUCCCCAGCCAUGGAGGGCAAUGGAGAGGGCUUCCUCCCAGACCUGCCUGUCCUCACGCACCCUGCUGAAUGGACCGUGGACCAGGUCAGUGGUGAAAAUAGACAGGGGUUUACUCUAGGAAAUCGAAAAAUGCCCCUGAGCAGAAUCAUAAAGACAAUGCCCUGUCAUCAUUACUCUAAACAACAACCCAUAGCAAAUGUCAUGUUUUUUCUGCUUGCAGUCCUAGUAAACCACAACGCUUUCAACUUUAAAUAAUGUUGAUGUUUCAAACAUUGCCCUUUGCCUACUUUUCUUCCUACCAGGUUCCCCCUGACAACCUCACCACGGUUAUCCACGACACUGACUCAGAGUCAGAUCAGUCGUCACCAGAGGUAAUCAAGCUGCACCAGGACCAGCAGUCUGAUCUGGGAUCAGUUGAACAAGCGGUGCAGCACUUCCAGCUAGCGAGCGCCAAGCUCUUCCAAGAGGAGGAUUCAGAUGAUCAGUCUCGUUCUCCCCAGGUAGAACAACAGAACCAAAUGGAAGCGUCGUCAGAAGAAGAGAGCCAGGAUGGACAGAACAACCAAGCGGAAGCCACAGAGUCUCUGAUACAGGGUGAGAUGUCAGAGCCUGUAGAUCAGGAACAAGAUCCAGCCCAAGCCCAGCCACCAAUGGUUGCAGAAGAUGGAAGCCCAGCUAACAUGGAGCUGGAAGAAUCCAAAGAGACGACAGGACAGGGGGAAGCUGUUGAUGAACCAGCUGUCCCCACAGAGCCUCUCAUCCCUGCUGAGUACGAGAAGCUGGUUAAAGGGUGUGAGGAGAACCCUGAAGACUUCAAUGGUUGGGUCUACCUGCUGCAGUAUGUGGAGCAAGAGGUGAGCAUAGAGAAGUCCUGGAAUUUUAUGUUAACCCUUGUAUUGUGAAUAGGUGUAAUCUGCUCUCAUAGUCUUCUGUAUUGAAAACUACAUUUAAAAUCUCAAUGCGACUAAACCUGGUUAAGUAAAGGGUUAGAUCAGGGCUCCAUCCCUGUUCCUGGAGAGCUACUGUCCUGUAGUUUUUUUUUUGCUUCAACCCUAAUCCAUCACACCUGAUUCUAAUAAUUAGCUGGUUGAUUAGCUGGGGUGGUCAGUGCUAUCAAGCAUCCUUGGGAUGUCCCUACCCUAAACCCUAACUUUAACCAUUUUACAUUUCAACUUCAAUGUGGUAGGGACGUUCCAAGGAUCCCAGAUAGCACGGAUCCAACAGGAGAGUAGAUCUCCCGAAACAGCGUUGGCGAGCCCGUGGUUUGAUGAUGAGGCUGGAUUUGGUUAAAGUCACAUUGAUGGAAAUUGUCUGGCAGGAAGCAAGUUAUAAAUGUUAUUUUUUCCUCAGAAUCAUCUCGGUGUUGUGAGGAAGGCGUUUGAUGCGUUUUUCCUGCACUACCCCUACUGCUACGGCUACUGGAAGAAGUUUGCUGACAUUGAGAAGAAGCAUGGCAAUGCGCAGGUGGCAGAGGAGGUAAGCGUGAAAAGAGCUCUUCUUUCGCGGAUGUGCUGAUGUAGUCAAUAGUGUAAAUGGACUUCUUCUCUACCUGUCCUCUGUCCUGAUCUGAAAGGACUUGACAGGGUUAGUCUGCUUUGUUCGCUCUACUUUUUGGGUCCUUGCUGUGGCAGUCAUUGGCAUUUCACACGGUCUUUGUCUCAUUCACCAGUGUCCUUUUGUGUCCUGUCCCCAGGUGUACCGGCGGGGUGUGCAGGCCAUCCCCCUCAGUGUGGAUCUGUGGCUUCACUACAUGUCCUUCAUCAAGGACAACGCUGACCACGAAGACCCAGAGACACCAGGACGCAUUAGAGGGUGAGUAAAGAUCCCUGUCGUCACUGAAAAGUGAAAGACCUCAUCUCACUCACCUCAACACACACACUCCUGUAUAUCCUCAAGCUGUGUGCAUGGGAAGCUUGUGACACGUCAACAACCAAAACGACAAGUGUCUUACUGAACUUUUCAGGUCAUAGUGCAUUGUUAAUUAUGUAGUCUAUGUUCUUUCCCACAGUGCGUAUGAGCAUGCUGUGUUGGCAGCAGGGACAGACUUCCGCUCUGACCGUCUUUGGGAGGCCUACAUCAACUGGGAGACGGAGCAGGAGAAACUGGCCAAUGUCACGGCCAUCUACGACCGCAUCCUGGGCAUCCCCACCCAGCUCUACUCACAGCACCUCCAGAGGUACGAGGGGUCAGCUCAUUCACAAUGGGUUUUGAUAAACCAUCCAUGAGGGUUAUGGUUAUAUAAUUAAAAGAAAGGUCUUGGAAGCUCUAACCCUGACAAUUUGACUAGUAAACUCAUAGGUACACAUGCAAUGGCUGCCUGGUGUUAUGAUGCAAUAAGUUCCAUGGUCAUUUGGAAUGCUCUAUCUACUGAUGCUGGAUUGUCAUGGAAAUGUAGAAUGAUGCUAACUGAUGUGGCUCAUGCAAUGGAAUGUAUUUGUUUUAAUGUCAGUUGAGUUGACUCAAUCAGUCACAGCACAUAUUGAAGGGUCUGUGCAAACCCUGGAUCCUUGGGAAUGUUUAGGGUAGGGAGGUCCCAAGGAUCCCAGAUAGUACUUACCUAGAUUGAAGGGUACACCUGCUUUUACUUCCUGGCAUGGGUGCACUCAAAAUGGAUGCCAGUCCAUCCAUUAUGCCAUCAUUGACUUGAAUGGGGACGUCCAUUCUAUUCAUUCUAUAUCUAUGGUUAUGGUCAACGUCUCAGGUAGUGGGUAGCUAAGAGAAAUCAAAUACUGAACACUGGCAAUAGUUUUACCCUUGUCAGAAACUCACUUUCGGGCACACUAUGGCAACUGCUUGGCUUUCGAUGGCAAGGUGCAACAGAGGGUAGUUCAUACGGCCCAGUACAUCACUGGGGCCGAGUUCCCUGCCAUCCAGGACCUCUACCAGGCGGUGUUAGAGGAAGGUCUUAAAAAAUGUAGUCCUCCAGCCACCCAGGUCAUAGACUGUUCUCUCCGUUACCGCACGGCAGGGCCCUGAACCGCUUCUACCCUCAAGCCAUAAGACUGCUAAAUAGUUAACCAAAUAGCUACCCGGACUAUCUGCAUUGACCCUUUUUGCACUAACUCUUUUGACUCAUCACAUACGCUGCUGCUACUGUCUAUUAUCUAUCCUGUUGCCUAGUCACUUUACCUCUACCUAUAUGUACAUAUCUACUUCAAUUACCUCGUACCCCUGCCUCGUGUAUAUAGGCAAGUUAUCGUUACUCAUUGUGUAUUUAUUCCUUGUUAAAAAUAUUGUUGGUAAGGGCCCAUAAGUAAGCAUUUCACUGUUAGUCUACGCCUGUUGUUUACGAAGCAUGUGCCAAAUACAAUUUGAUUUGAUUUUGACUUCUCUGGUAGUACUUUUGGUUCUCCUAGUGAUGUACUGAAUGUCUCUCUGCAGGUUCAAAGAGCAUGUGCAGAACAACAACCCCAAACACUUCCUGUCAGAGGAGGAGUUUGUCCAGCUGAGGGUGGAGCUAGCCAAAGCCAACGUAGCAGCUGCAGCCAAUGAGGAAGGAGAGGAAGCAACACCCACCGAGUCCGAGGAGCUCCCAGCAGGCACAGAGGACCUCCCAGAUCCUGCAAAGGUACGACUCCACCUCCUCACCCUCGAGGAGGGGUUGAUAUGCCACAACAUGCCAGAGGGUUAGGAAAGAGGCCCUUGCCUCUUCAUCAUCAUCAUCAUCCAUGGAGAGAAACACAAAUCUGUGCAGGUUUGAAGAGGUGUCUUUCCAUCAGCAGCCAAGCCAAUGAGUACGUGGGGGAUUCAAGUUGGCAUCAUCCAGUCAGGGACUCGGCUUAAAGCGGGUCAGGAAUGGCUGGAUCGUGGGCCGGCUGGCCAAGUCGAGUGACCCCUCGUCCUUUCCAGUCCCCAGCACCAGGGCUGGCCUACAGGCAGGGUGCAUACGGUACAUACCCUGCCCCGGGUCGGGCCUCGGUCCCUGGGUCGGCCCCCUCGCCUUCGACAGGCAGGGCCCCUGCUAGUCUCUGGCUCUCUCGGCCUCAUGGUGAUGUAAAUAAUCUUGGCAGCUGGACAUGCAGUUUGCACAUCAGUGGAGAAUGAGAUUGUUACGAGAUUGUUUUAAAGUGGAGUGAGAAGGUUAACAUUGAGUGUCUUGUGUUCUGUGUAGAGGGUGACGGAGAUUGAGAACAUGCGCCACAAGGUGAUCGAGUCGCGCCAGGAGGUGUUCAACCAAAACGAGCAGGAGGUCAGCAAACGCUGGGCCUUCGAGGAAGGGGUGAGUACUGACACCUAUAUUUUUUUUUUUAUGGUCAGAAUAUCAUCCACUUAUAUUUCAUUAUGCUAAAGGAACUAGUUCACUUCAAAGUUUACAUACCUCUAAAGUGGGCUUUGUCAAGCUGGGUCGAGAUGGAAUUGGAUGGUGCCACUCUUUCCCAUUAAUUUGGGAUUGAGGCCUACAGAGGUCUACACAAUAGAUGGAAUACGAGAUAUGAAAAUAUCGGACAAAUGUUGAUUUUGGGGUGAACUGUCCCUAAUUAUUACUCUGAAAUUGUUAUUUUUGUAGAUAAAACGUCCCUACUUCCAUGUCAAAGCCCUGGAGAAGACCCAGCUCAGCAAUUGGAAGGAGUACCUGGACUAUGAGAUCGAGAACGGCACUCCCGAACGUGUGGUCGUUCUGUUCGAACGCUGCCUCAUCGCCUGUGCUCUCUACGAGGACUUCUGGACAAAGGUAACCCAACCCUUAACCUUUGACCCACCGACACCCCAAAAAUAAUGAACUCCCCGCACUUCCCCUAUCAACGAUUUCAUCACUUCCUGACAACAGUAAAUCGUCCUGCACAUCUCUUCUUUGCGUGUAUCGUUGAUCUGUGACUCACUGUAUCUGUUGUAUUAGGGGAUGGCCAGCUUUGCCACACAAGAUUUGACUCCAGCAUUUGCCAACUACUACGUUGCAUCUUCUCCGUCUCCCACUACCUUACAGAAACUUAUCUUAUUCGUUCCAUGAAGGUGCUGAUGGGUUUACAAAGAAAAUUUCUAAAAACACGAUCUUGUCAAUGAAGAAAUUCACUGGUUGAGUGACCCGGAAAUGGGUGUUUAAAAUGUUGUCGUCCCCUUCCCCUCCUCGUCUUCUCUCUCCACCUCCUCCUUUCCAUCCACCCUGUCCCCCUCUUCCUCCAACCCUCCUUUCUUUCUCUCGCUUCACUCUGAAGUAUGCAAAAUAUCUAGAGGGCUACAGCAUUGAUGGAGUGAGACACGUGUACAAGAAGGCGUGUACCAUCCACCUGACCAAGAAGCCCAACAUUCACCUGCUGUGGGCUGCAUUCGAGGAGCAACAGGGUGAGUGGUGUUUCUAGAUCCCUCUUGACAUCACAUUCACACAUCUCACAUGUCAUUAGACCUUUAGCAGAUGCUCUUGUCCAAAGUGAUUUACAAACGGGUACAUUCAAAUAAGGAGGCUGAGCCAAUCACAUAAUACAAGUUCAAAAGCAUUGGUAGCCUCUGUCUACAAAAACUAGUAAGAAACAUUCAACCCAGAAGUGGAACUGAGUUUGUCUGUGUCAUUCGUUUCCCUGUAGGGAACAUAGCGGAGGCGCGCGGCAUCCUGAAGGCUCUGGAGGAGGCGGUGCCAGCCCUGGCUAUGGUGCGUCUGCGGCGGGUCAGCCUGGAGCGGCGCCACGGCAACCUGGAGGAAGCGGAGGCCCUGCUGAGAGAGGCGAUUGCGUCGGGGAAAAACACCAGCGAGACCUCGUUCUACGCCGUGAAGCUGGCCCGGCAGCUGCUGAAGGUGCAGAGAAGCCUCAUCAAGGCCCGCAAGGUGCUGCUGGACGCCAUAGACAAGGACCAGGUAAGAUCACAAAGCUAGAUGAGAAAUGGAGUCACUUGGUUCAGGAUCUUGAUAUUGAGAUGUGGUAUUGAUACGCAUGGUGCCGAAUGGAGUUUGAUUCAGAGAAAAUGUGUUCAGAGAAACCAUUUGAGUUCAUAAUGAAUCUAUUUUAUGUGUCUCUCCCAGGCGAGUCCUAAACUGUAUCUGAACCUGCUGGAGCUGGAGUACAGUGGGGACGUGCAGCAGAACGAAGCUGACAUCUUGGCCUGCUUCGACCGUGCCCUGAGCAGCCUGCUGCCCCUCGACUCUCGUCUCACCUUCUCUCAGCGCAAGGUCGAGUUCCUCCAGGACUUUGGCAGCGACAUCAACAAGUCAGUUCACCUGCAGUACCUACUCUCAAAUACAAUUAAUGAAUGUUUCAUGACCAGUGUUCAAAUUAGAGUCUGUGAAUGACUGUGCCCUUUCCACUUAAAGCUACAAUAUGUACUUUUUUGGCGACCUGACCAAAUUCACAUAGCAAUGUGAUUUAUAGAUCUGUCAUUCUCAUUGAAAGCAAGUCUAAGAAGCAACAGAUCUGUUAUGUGCGCACUUUCUAUGCUUCGCGUUCUUAAGUUUUGUUUUUGCUUUUGUUACUUUCGGUUUAGUACACCAGCUGAAAAUACAAUAUUUUGGGUUAUGGAAAAUAUAUUUCACAGCGGUUUAGAUGGUGCAAUGAUUUUUUACACUGUGUCAAACUCAGUCCACGGACGGCAGAGUGUCUGCGGGUUUUCGCUCCUCCCUUGUACUUGAUUGCUGAAUUAAGGUCACUGAUGAGUAAGGAACUCCACUCACCUGGUUGUCUAGGUCUUAAUUGAAAGGAAAAAAACAACCAGCAGACACUAAUUUUCGCAAAUGGCAGAGGGAUUUCUGCAUAGUGCAUCUUUAAUCUUAACCAUGUAUUAUUUUUAACCCUCACAGGUUAGUGGCUGCUUACGAUGAACACCAGAAGCUUCUGAAAGAACACGAGUCGACAAAGAGGAAAGCAGAGAAUGGGUAAGAUUUCAGUUUAUUCACUUCCCUCAGCUUAACAUUGACAUCAUGGAGUACAAAACAAUAGGAUUGGUAGGACACUUCAUAGCAGGGUGUGAAUCGCCAUGCUUGAAUUGGUUAUUUGGGUGCUCUUGAUUGACAUUUAACCUGUUCCUUUGUGUCCCUGCAGCUCGCAGGAGCCUGAGUCGAAGAGACAGCGUACCGACGAGCACUCAGGCUCAGGGCACAUGAUGCAGGGAGACAACUCUGCCUACAACUACAACUGGUACCAGGUGAGUCCUAUGAUAAAGAGCAGACUCAAACAUACUGUUUUACACCCAAUUUAUUUUUGCAUUGAGCGAUAUACUCAGUGGCCAGUUUAUUAGGUUCAUAAAAAUGGUUCGGUCCUACAGACAGUGAGUCACGUGGCCGUGGCUUGCUAUAUAAAGCAGGUAGACGGGCAUCAAGGCAUUGUUACGGUUCGAUUAAACGUUAGAAUGGGCAAAAUGAGUGAUCUAAGCGACUUUGAGUGUGGUAUGAUCAUCGGUGCCAGGUGCGCCUUUUCCAGUAUCUCAGAAACGUCCGGCCUCCCGGGCUUUUCACACACGACCGUGUCUAGGGUUUCCUGUGAAAAACAUCCAGUCAGCAGCAGUCCUGUGGGUGAAAACAGCUCGUUGAUGAGAGGUUUGAAGGAGAAUUGCAUGAAUCGUGCAAGCUAACAGGUGGCCCACAAAUGGAGUAGUACAAGAGUGGUGUGCAGAAUGGUAUCUCAGAACGCACAACUCGUCGAUCCUUGUCAUGGAUGGGCUAUUGCAACAAACAGAUGGCCACACCGGGUUCCACUACUAUCAGCUAAAAACGGUGUGGGGAAUGUUUUCCUGGCACACAUUCGGUCCCUUGAUACCAAUUGAGCAACAUUUGAACGCCACACCUUAUAGAAUUCAGGCUGUUCUGGAGGCAAAGGGGGGUCUGACCUGGUACUAGAUGGGUGUACCUAAUUAACUGCCAACUGAGUGUAUUUUCACCAUACUGUGCAUAGGUGACAAAUGUCAUACCAUCCCUCAUGGCAAAAUUGGUUUCUUAAUGAGUAAAAAACGGGAGUGUGAUAGUGUUGAACUCUAUUCUCUUCAUCUGGUGACCCUAAUGCUGGAAUGAGAUGUUCCUAAGUAUUUGAAGGAAUGCCAACUAACCCUGUCUUUCUUUUGCUUUCCUUCUCCAGCAACAGUACAACAACUGGGGCCAAAACUCCUGGGGACAGUACAACCAGUAUUCCCAGCAGUAUAACCAGUACUACCCCCCUCCACCAACAUAAGGUCUUGCAGAAAGAAGAGAUUAGAGGAGGCAUCCUUUCUACCCAGUCCAACUGCUCAUCUCAGCUAGCCCCGCCUCCUCUUUUGUUGUUUGAUGUCAUUUGUUUCCAUUGGCCAUUAGAUUGACACAUUCACUGUCAUCAUCAUCUCCAUCAUUCAUCGACUGGCUGCUUUUUGUGUUCCUUGCGCAUGUGUGUUGAUGCAGACUUCAUAUGAAUUUAAUUUUUUCCUCAGUUGAAAAGACACAAUGAUGUUUUUAAUUUUUAGAUUGGAUCACUGCAUAAUUUGGUUCCUCUUCAAUAUGUCUGUGUGGGGAAACUAGUUGUUUGAUACAGAUGAUAGAUUUGUAUGGAGGUAGUGGUAACAGCUAUGCUCCUCCCUGAGCCUCUCCUCUGCUUUCCUAAAAUGUGAGCUUUUUAAGAUUAAGGUUUUUGUUUCCUGGGACAGAACAGAAAUGAAGAUUUUUGUUUUUUAUUUCAUAAUAAAGAGAUUAAUAUCCUA